GUCACUUCAGAGGGGAGGGAGCAGCGCUGCUGACGUAAUCCUCGUCAUCGUCACACCAAUAAGUGUUGACACUUUUUCACCUUCUGUCUACUUGCUGUUCUGAAGUUCGUCCUCAGUGCAGGUCAACAGAGUAAGAACGGCCCCAGUGUCAUGGCUGCGUUCCUUCACCACUGCCCCUUCCUGAAGGCGGCUCCGAUGCCGGCUCUGAGGAGAACCGGCGCCGCCUUGCUGUCUCAGGCUGAUCGCUGCCCCGUCAUUGCUCGUCAGAUCACUGUGAGCGGCCCAGCCUCUCUGGAGAAAAAACUGAGCGUCUCGCCCGUCAAAUCCAGGAGUCUCGCGUUUCCCGCUGUGGACCAAAGGCAGCUGUUUGCUCAAACUGCCACUCAGGUGGCGGUGGCUGCGUCCAAGGGCUGCCCCUUCGUUUCCUCUCAGAUCGGGAUGGUGAAGGCCAGCCCUGAAGUCCAGGAGGACGUCCAAAAUGGUUUGAUAUCUUCUUUAUGGAAAGGCUUGAAGGAUUCUGUGUUUCCAACACCAGGUCAAAGCAACACCGUCACCCACCUCCUCAAAGACAACAUGGUCGGCCCAAGCUACGACUACGAUCGCUUCUUCACCGAGAAGAUUGCAGAGAAGAAGAAUGACCACACAUACAGGGUCUUCAAGACGGUGAACAGGAGCGCCGGCGUCUUCCCCUUCGCUGAGGAUUACUCCGUCGCGGGGCGAGCAGGUUCUCAGGUCUCUGUCUGGUGCAGCAACGACUACCUGGGAAUGAGCCGCCACCCACAAGUCCUCAGUGCCAUCAGCGAUGCCCUUGACAAACACGGUGCAGGAGCCGGUGGGACCAGGAAUAUCUCGGGCACCAGCAACUACCACGUGUGUUUGGAGAGGGAGCUCGCUCAGCUGCACCAGAAAGACGCAGCGUUGGUUUUCUCCUCCUGCUUCGUGGCAAACGACUCCACCCUCUUCACUCUGGCGAAGAUGCUGCCAGGGUGUGAGAUCUACUCCGAUGCUGGGAACCACGCAUCAAUGAUUCAGGGCAUCAGGAACAGCGGGGCCAAACGCUUCAUCUUCCGCCACAACAGCAGUCGUCACCUGGAGGAGCUGCUCCAGCGCUCGGAUCCCACGACUCCAAAAAUAGUGGCGUUCGAGACCGUGCACUCAAUGGACGGUGCAAUAUGUCCCUUGGAGGAGCUGUGCGACGUGGCUCAUCGUUACGGGGCGCUGACGUUUGUUGACGAAGUUCACGCCGUGGGUCUGUACGGCGCUCACGGAGCCGGAGUGGGCGAGAGGGACAACGUCAUGCACAAGAUCGACAUUGUUUCUGGGACUUUAGGCAAGGCCUAUGGCUGUGUGGGGGGCUACAUUGCCAGCAGCGACGCUCUGGUGGACACCGUGCGAUCCUACGCCGCCGGCUUCAUCUUCACCACCGCCCUGCCUCCGAUGGUCCUGUCCGGGGCUCUGGCGUCCGUCCGCGUCCUGAAGAGCCCCGAGGGCCAGGCGCUGCGGAGAGCCCACCAGAGGAACGUCAAACACAUGAGGCAGCUUCUCAUGGAUAAAGGCCUGCCGGUUGUCAACUGCCCCAGCCACAUCAUCCCCGUCAGGGUGGGCAACGCUGAGCUCAACAGCAAGGUGUGUGACACUCUCCUGGAAAGGCACAACAUCUACGUCCAGGCCAUCAACUACCCCACCGUGGCUCGCGGUGAGGAGCUGCUGCGUCUGGCUCCGUCCCCUCACCACAGCCCCGACAUGAUGGAGUACUUUGUGGAGAAGCUGCUGGAGGUGUGGCAGGAGGCCGGCCUCCCACUCAACAGUCUGGCCACGGCUUCCUGCACCUUCUGUGACCGUCCACUUCACUUUGACCUCAUGAGCGAGUGGGAGAAAUCCUACUUCGGCAAUAUGGAGCCACAGUACAUCACCGUGUCAGCAUAAUACCAAAGUGCACGAUGCAGUAAAUGCUCAAUGAUGAAUUCCUGCAAAAGGUGCAGAGUAAUUAGAAACCUGGCAAAGAGUAUGAACCUUUAUCAAUAUCGACUAUAUAAAGUAACUUACAGUAUUUGUUGAUGCUAUAUUGUAUUUCUGAACAUGGAAUUGUAUUUGGUGCCUUGGAUAUGAUUAAAGAAAUGCCUCCUCCUUUGGAGGCAUGAAACCUGCA